AUGGGUCAAAGUAGUAGUAAACAGUUCUUUGUUUCUACGUUAAAAAUUAUGCUAACUGCUCUAAAGUUUAUAACUCCUAAAAAUCUGCAGCCUACCUCCGGGACAGUUGAACACAUUUGCGAGUCCCCGGAAGACCCAAAAUCUAGUAAAAAGGAGGCUGUUGCUUUAACAUCUGACUCAGAGUCUGAACUCUCUCAUGAGGAUCAAGGAGAACUAGAUGAGAAAGCAUUUGAGUACAAUAGAGAGAAUUGGGAUGCUUUUAUUGUCACAAAAGGGAAGGACAAGGCAUCCCCCUUUUUGGAACUUAAAGAAAUGUUAACAUCUAUAUCACAGAGAGUGGAGCAGUUAGACUUGCUGCCUCCUUCGGGUCCCAAGCCGCAGCACUUCAAUACACCGUCUGUUGUGGCAGGACUGGAUCCCGCUCCGAUUCCUCCUAUGCCUCCUCCUUUGGUUGAGGCUCCCUUAAUACCUACAGCUCUUGUAUAUUCUCCUUUGAAAUUUGAAAAACCCGUCCUUUCCCCACUUCAAAUGGCUGUGAAACAUGCUAGAGACCAAGGAGAAAGCCUUGAGGGAUAUUCCAUGAUUUUUCCAGUCUUUGAAGACGCUAACCGCCGCAGGUAUCAUGAGCCUGUUCCAUUUAAACAGUUAAAGGAGCUUAAGCAGGCUUGUGCCCAGUAUGGACCCACGGCACCUUUUACAUUAGCUAUAAUUGAGAGCCUCGGAGCCCAAUAUCUGCCACCCAACGAUUGGAAAGCUAUUACACGCGCCUGCCUUUCUGGAGGCGAUUAUUUGCUCUGGCGCUCCGAGUAUGGAGAAGUUUGUGGUCUUAUUGAAGAUCGUAAUCGCCGUAAUGGGUUACAAAUUAAUUUUGACAUGCUAAUGGGAGAAGGAGUCUUUAGGGCUCUUGAUGCACAACUAAAUUAUCCAGAACAAGCUUACCUUCAGAUUAGUGAAGCUGCAUUAAAAGCCUGGAAGAAACUUCCCGUUUCUAAUAGAAAGACUGAAGAUCUUUCGAAAAUUCGGCAAGGGCCUGACGAGCCUUAUCAGGAUUUUGUUGCUCGUCUAUUAGAUGCAAUAUCUAAGAUUAUAGGAGAUGAAGAGGCAGGUCUUAUUUUAACAAAACAGAUGGCCUAUGAGAAUGCAAAUGCUGCGUGCCAAGCCGCUCUGCGACCUUACAGGAAAAAGGGAAAUUUAACAGAUUAUGUUAGAAUUUGUGCUGAUAUUGGCCCUUCUUACCUUCAAGGGCUUUCUAUGGCCGCAGCUAUUCAAGGAAAGUCUAUUAAAGAGGUUUUGUACCAACAAGCAAGGAAUAAGGGAAAUAUAAAAAGAAGCGGGCCACCAGGAAGCUGUUUUUCAUGUGGACAAAUGGGACAUCGUAUGGCUCAAUGCCCAAAAAGGAACAAUAACCCUGAUUCGGCAAAAAAUCCUAAUGUCUGCCCUAGAUGUAAAAAGGGAAAACAUUGGGCCAGAGACUGUCGUUCUAAGACUGACAUAGAAGGUAAACCUCUGCCUCCUGUCUCGGGAAACUGGGUGAGGGGCCAGCCCCAGGCCCCGAAACAGUGUUAUGGGGCACUCAAAGCCGAGUCACAACCAAACCUGAUCGACUUGGUAUCGAAAACCUCUACCGAGCCACCCCAGGCAGCGCAGGAUUGGACUUGUGCGCUGCCGCCCACACAGUAUUAACCCCAGAUAUGGGGAUGCAAGCCAUUCCUACAGGGGUAUUUGGACCACUACCAAAAGGAACAGUUGGAUUAAUCAUUGGCAGGAGCAGUUGGACCAUGAAGGGAUUGUCCAUUUCCCCUGGCGUGAUUGAUGCCGACUAUACUGGGGAAAUUAAAAUUAUGGCUUGUGCCCCCCUUAACAUUAUUAGUAUACCUAUUGAUCAAAGAAUUGCCCAAUUAAUUUUAUUACCCCUUCAUGUGGAAGGAAAGAUUGCCUCACAGAGAGAAAGGAAGGCUGGUGGUUUUGGUUCCUCUGAUGUUUAUUGGGUUCAAUCUAUUUCGGCUCAAAGACCAAAAUUAGAGCUCAUUAUUGAAGGAAAAAGAUUCU